UGAAGAGCGUGAACAUCUCCAAGAGCUGGCGCUGUGCGGCUCGAACUAUGUCGUGCUGGAAACUAGAAGGCUAGCUAGCUAGCUAUUUCCAAAAAGGCAUAUGAUAACAGCCAGCUAGCUAGGUGUUGGUCCUAUCUAGUCACCAUCCAUCUACACCGGCGUUUCAAAUCCCCCUUUUCAGUAUAAUAUGGUGAUUUCAUCAAGCAAAAACGGACAGUUCCGGCCUAUCAGCUAAAUUCACAGGUCCAGAGGUCCAAGAUGACAGAAGAGGUGAUUGUCAUCGCCAAGUUUGACUACCUGGCUCAGCAGGACCAGGAGUUGGACAUUAAGAAGAACGAGCGUCUGUGGCUGCUGGACGACAGUAAGUCCUGGUGGAGGGUCCGUAACGCCACCAACAGAACCGGCUUCGUACCCUCCAACUACGUCGAGAGGAAGAACAGCGCCAGGAAGGCAUCCAUCGUCAAGAACCUCAAAGACACACUAGGCAUCGGGAAGGUGAAGCGGAAAACGGGAAUGCGUGACACGGCCUCGAACGCCGACGCCGACACGUGCUCCGACAACGGCGAGCGCCUGUACGACCUCAACCUGCCGGCGCUCGUCAAGUUCAGCUACGCCGCCGAGCGCGAGGACGAGCUCUCGUUGGUCAAGGGUACACGCGUCAUCGUCAUGGAGAAGUGUAGCGAUGGCUGGUGGCGUGGGGGGUACCAGGGACGUUCUGGAUGGUUCCCUUCCAACUACGUGACGGAGGACGCCGACGGGACAGCGGGGGGAGGAGGGGGCGACAGUUUAGGGGACCCGGUAGGGUCACUGACUGAGAAACUAGCAGCGGUGGUUCACAGUGCGUCUAACGGGAACCGGAGACUCCACACGGUGCAGGCGUUGUACCCGUUCAGCUCGGGGAACGAGGAGGAGCUGAACUUUGAGAAGGGAGAGGUGAUGGAGGUGGUGGAGAAACCAGACAACGACCCUGAGUGGUGGAAAUGCCGUAAAGCAGACGGACAGCUGGGACUAGUGCCUAAAAACUACGUCAAUGUGCUGCCUCCCCAGCAGGACUCCACUACCCAGAAUGCCUCACCGGGCCCCGCGGGGCCGCCCACGCCUGACUGUGACUACAUCUCUCCGGCCACGGUGGGGCGGUUUGCGGGGAAGCCGUGGUACUAUGGCAAGGUGACGCGUCAUCAGGCAGAGGUGGCUCUAAACCAGAGAGGAGCGGAGGGAGACUUCCUCAUCAGAGACUCCGAGUCAUCGCCCAAUGAUUUCUCCAUCUCCCUGAAGGCCCAGGGGAAGAACAAGCAUUUUAAGGUUCAGUUGAAGGAUGUUGUGUAUUGCAUUGGCCAGAGGCAGUUCAGUUCUCUGGAGGACUUGGUGGACCACUACAAGAAGGCUCCCAUCUUCACCAGCGAGCAGGGAGACAAGCUCUACCUGGUGAAGGCCCUGGCUGCCUCUUGAUCACACACACACACACACACACACACACACACACACACACACACACACACACACACACACACACACACUGACAAACACACGGAGGGAAACAAACAGUACAUACACUCACAAUGAAAGACUGGAGACUUCACAUCACUAGGACUGCUUAUGUGCCAGGAGCUGUGAGCAAGAAGGAAGAGGAGAGAGAGAGAGAGAAGAAGAAGGAAGGGGAGAGAGAGAAGAAGAAGGAAGGGGAGAGAGAGAAGAAGAAGGAAGGGGAGAGAGAGAAGAAGAAGGGAAUGGAGAGAGAGAAGAAGAAGGGAAUGGAGAGAGAGAAGAAGAAGGGAAUGGAGAGAGAGAAGAAGAAGGGAAUGGAGAGAGGGGAAAAAGGACAUUCUGGAUUCUGUCAGACCUGUAGGUGGAUCAUGUGUUUAGGUCUUCUAGGUCAUUAUGCCAUCUACUAAAUCUAUACUGAACAAAAAUAUAAACGCAACAUGUAAAGUGUUGAUUACAUGUUUCAUGAGCUGAAAUAAAAGAUCCCAAAAAAUAUUCCAUAUGCACAAAAAGCUUAUUUCUCAAAAUGUUUGUGCACAUUCCUGUUAGUGAGAAUUUCUCAUUUGCCAAGAUAAUCCAUCCACCUGACAGGUGUGGCAUAUCAAGAAGCAUGAUCAUUACACAGGUGCACCUUGUGCUGGGGGCAAUGAAAAGCCACACUCUAAAAUGUGCCAUUUUGUCAAACAACACAAUGCCACAAGUAUUAAGGGCGCGUGCAGUUGGCAUGCUGACUGCAGGAAUAUCCACCAGAGCUGUUGCAAGAUAAUUGCUACCAUAUUCCACCUCCAAUGUAGUUUUAGAGUAUUUGUAAGUACGUCCAACUGGCCUCACAACCGCAGACCACGUGUAACCACACUAGCCCACAUCCGGCGUCUCUACCCAUGGCUGCGCCCCGGCCCGCCCCGGCCCGCCCCGGCCCAAUCAUGUGAAAUCCAUAGAUUAGGGCCUCGUGAAUGUUUUCCAAUUGACAUAUUUCCUCAUAUGAUCUGUAACUCAGUAAAAUCUUUUGAAAUUGUUGCAUGUAGCGUUUAUAUUUUUUCCAGUAUACGUUUAGUUGUGAAUAAAAUAUAUAUAUAGUUUAUUUCUUAAAAUGUGAUGUUUUUUUAUUCUGCCCAAACAUACCCAAUCACAACCAGUCACCAGUGAGCAAUGUUUUAGGUUGGGGGUGCGGUCGACGAGGGAUGCUGCCAAGUGAUUAGUAAUAAAGGCCUAGUUCAAUAAAUAUAAAUAUUUUUAUCAGCAGAUGCUGCAGCCCCUUCCUCGCCCCUUCAUCGCCCCUUCCUCGCCCCCUCAUCGCCCCCUCAUCGCCCCUUCAUCGCCCCCUCAUCGCCCCUUCCUCGCCCCCUCAUCGCCCCCUCAUCGCCCCUUCCUCGCCCCUUCAUCGCCCCCUCAUCGCCCCUUCCUCGCCCCUUCAUCGCCCCCUCAUCGCCCCUUCCUCGCCCCCUCAUCGCCCCCUCAUCGCCCCUCAUCGCCCCUUCGUCGCCCCUUCGUCGCCCCUUCGUCGCCCCUUCAUCGCCCCCUCAUCGCCCCCUCAUCGCCCCCUCAUCGCCCCCUCAUCGCCCCUUCAUCGCCCCUUCAUCGCCCCCUCAUCGCCCCCUCGUCGCCCCUUCGUCGCCCCUUCAUCGCCCCCUCAUCGCCCCCUCGUCGCCCCUUCGUCGCCCCUUCCUCGCCCCUUCAUCGCCCCUUCCUCCCGCGACUAUGUGGCCUUUCGUUGAGGAUCCAGAAUCUAGCCUAGCUGAACAUUUCACAGCUACACUUGUAUUUUUGUCUGUUUUUUAUCUCUCUCAACGUCGUACAACAUAAGUUGUGGACAAUAAUCCACAGUCCUGCUAAUUUACUGCUCAACCUGAAUAAAAAUGUUUAAAUGAC